CAGAGAAGAAGCCCCUCCAGAUUCAGUUUGCGAACUUCAUGGCGCCGUGCUUUGCUCCGGCUAUCAGUUCCCAACUGUCUUGGCUCUCUGAGAUGGAGGGAAGUUCUAACCUGAGGGAGGUGAUUGUUUGCAAUCCAUCUCUUCUUAGCAAGAAGAAGAAGGUCGCCGAUAUGCUGAACAAACACCAGAAAAUGUUUGUUGGCUUGGCAGAUCGUGUCGCUCGCGAGCAGUGGCAGAGCAUGGAAUUGCAGAUUGAGAAAACUUUCUCCCUCAAGGAAAGCCACGCUGAGAUUUGCCACAUUGCCAGCAGGUCAGCUCACAUGGUUGAAAUAUUGCGAGAGAUCAAAGGAUCUGCCUUGCAAGCCCUGGUGGUCACGUGUGGGGGCUUGAAUUGCUCAAUCUCAAGAUCUGAUGCUGUUUCCAUCAUCAAGAAUCACUUCUCAGAUGAGGUAUCCGAUGAUGAGGAAGAAUUUCUCAAUGAGAUCAAACUUGAGUUCCUAGGCUACAGUGUAGAGGAUGAGCACAACUUGUUAGACGAGGAUGGCAUGUUGCAAGGGGAAACUACAUUUGAUGACCUUGUAGAGGAUGAGCACAACUUGUUAGACGAGGAUGGCAUGUUGCAAGGGGAAACUACAUUUGAUGACCUUCUACAGCAUGUGCUGUACAUCUUUGGCCACGAGCACUUAGAGAAUAGUGUGUUGGAGUGCUGUAACAAGGCAUCCAAAGCAUUGGAAAAGAAUCUGGACGGGCUUCUCAGUGACGCCGAAGCCUCGGGCAUUAUCCGCGCACAAGCUGAAACUAUGGGUGAUCUGCUUCAAAACCCUUCUCUCAUUGGAUCUGACUCUGAAGUAGCAGUGAACUUGAAGUACCUGAGGUUUGGAGGUGGUACCAGUGACGAGUUCAGUGACCUGGGGGACGAGGAGGGGCCCGAAGAAGAACUGGGCUUGUCAUCCGAAGGACUUGCAGCUGCCAGGGAGCUGCUUGGAAAUGAUGGUGGUGCUGCUUCAGUUGCUGCUGCUACCCCUGCUGAUGGUGCUGCGGCUGCUGCUGCCCCGGUUGAGGAGAAGAAAGAAUGGAAGGAAUGUGAUGACGACAUGGGACCUCUUUGACUGAGCCCCUCACCAGCCAUUAGCAAAUUCGCUUAUGCUCUCCAAGACUUAUCUUAUGUUAUGCCCCUAGGGUUUCGUUACAAGUAAUCAAGUUGUGUGUUUUGAGAUGUGGCAAUGGCUGUGACGAUGAACGUCAAACAAUCUUAUUAGAGUGAAACUAUUUCUAUAUGGUUCCAAUCUUCUUGAGCCUAAGUUAUUGUAUGGUCUGGA